UUAGCAGGGAUUCUUCGUAUAAGACUAUUGAUCGCGUUGUUCGGAUCUCCCGAACUCAUUCGUUGCUUUCGUUUUCUCCGCCGGUGGAUCUGAUCGCUUUACCUGUUCGUCUCGAUUCGAGAUAAGGAGAUACAAGACUUCCAAAUCUAACUUACUUGUGUGGACGGUAUGGCUGAUGCUAGCAAGGAUAUUGUUGAUGGAUUUCCAGGGGACAAGAAGAUCAUAGUUGUGUUUGUUUUAGGUGGUCCUGGCAGUGGAAAGGGCACACAGUGUGCAAAGAUUGUUCAACACUUUAAUUUUACCCAUCUUAGUGCUGGUGAUCUUUUGCGUGCGGAAAUUACGUCUGGUUCGAGAAAUGGAGUUAUGAUUCAAAACAUGAUGAACGAAGGAAAAAUUAUUCCUCCAGAAGUUACAAUUAAGCUCUUACGAAGGGCUAUGCUUGACAGUGCAAAUGACAAGUUUCUUAUUGAUGGGUUUCCUCGAGAUGAAGAGAAUCGUGCUGCUUUUGAGAAUAUUACAAAAAUCGAGCCAGAAUUUGUUUUAUACCUUGAUUGCCCAGACGAUGAGUUGGAGCGGCGAAUUUUAAGUCGCAACCAGGGAAGAGCUGAUGAUAAUACUGAGACCAUGCGGAAACGUUUUAGAGUUUUUAAGGAAUCCACUCUGCCUGUAAUUAUGCAUUACGACUUGAAGGGCAAAGUCCGGAAGGUUGAUGCAGCAAAGCCUGUCGAUGAGGUUUUUGAGGAUGUAAAAGUCAUUUUUGCUCCACUCAUUGCUAAGGCAACUUACUUGAGCAGUCCAAGUACCAGAACUCUAACGGGACAUGAAUACAUGGUGUUUUAUAUGAACAGGUUAUGUGGAGCUGCAAGGGGGAUAAUAGUGUAUGCAUUCUGGAAGAUAUUUUCCUGGAUCAGGGCUCGCCUGUCCUUGUAAACCUACUGCCUCUAUGUAUUUCCACUAAUGUGACAACUGUUUAUCGUGAAUGCAACUUAUAUGAUCAUUGGUUA